GCAGGUGAGGAAGCCAGGGGGGUUCGCCAAGUAGUACGAGGGAGUACACAAAUCAAAUGGACUUUUCCACACACACACACACGCACACGCACACGCACACGCACACACACCUUGACAAGGAUGCGCGCUGUUUCGUACAAUAACAGUUUGAAGGAAGCAACCCCUCCGCCUCCAGGGCUCUCCGCCAGCGAUCCCUCCUUCGUUCCUGCAUGACAUGUGUGCGCGAGGACUCGGACCCGUUCCGCGCUGCGCCCCAUUGCCGCGUGACGGCCCGUGCGAUGGACGCUCCUGACUUCAAAGACGUGGAGGCGAAGCUGGGCCGUCGCGUGCCCGCCGCCCUCGCGCGCUCCAUCGCCGAGGACACAGUGGACGCGCGGCACGGAGCGGAGCAGCACGUGGACACUGCAGGGGGGCUGCGCUCCAAGAUGCUCUUCCUCAGGAGGGAAAUGGAAAACCUCAGAGCCAUUGACGUCAGACUCAUGCAGCAAUUCCUGUCCAUCAAUGAGGGCAUUGAGUCCAUAAAGUGGGUGAUGGAGGAGAGGAGCUGCCUUGCCAGCAGGGACGGCAGCCUGGCUGGAAGCCUCUACAGCCUGUUGGAGAGUCCGGAUACUUCCCCCAGGGGCAGUCGCAGCAGCCUGCUGGGAGCCAGUGACGGAGCUGAUGGUUUCUCAGUCGGCAGCUUUCUGGACACCUUGGCUGAUGAGCACCUAGGUCAGGCUGUGCUGACAGACAUAGACAGCUCCUCGCACCAACCCACAGCAGAGGACUUCUCAGAUAAACCUCCUGUGAGCUGGAAUGUGGACCCGAAUGAAUACCAUUCUUUAAGAUAAAGGAUCCCUGUAGUUACUGGUGCUUUUACUUCUUGCUGCUCUCUGUGUUUAGGUGAUGACAUUGUCCCUGGAGAGGAUUCAAUAAGAUGCUAAAGGGCUGAAUGUCAAGUCUUCACUCUAAAUAUAAAAUAUUAUAAACAUAAUUUUUUAAAUUAAAUGUAUGAUAUCUUUACUAUUGUCAUUAAAUGCACAAAGGACCCGUAACUAAAGUCCCAAUGAAUCGUGAAUAAUAUUAAAGAUAUUAGUGGAUGAUGAAAUAAUCUUAAAAACCAAUACAGAGUCUUCAGUGUGAUUUUCUUAGGGUAUUAAAUGAAAAAGCCCUGAAUCGCAUAUUGUUUUAAACUGUAACAUGAAGAGUAUUCUUGUUUAACUUUAUACUAGUCUAGCAAGUGUUGCACACAUUCUCCUAAAACCUAGGCAGACUGGUGAAUUUACUUCCCUUCUCAUUUAAUCAUGAUUGUGGUUUUGUCAAAAAUAUUGAUCCUCUGGUGAUUAAAUUGUAUGUCACUGAGAGCAGUUUCUUUCAUCAAAAUGUGCACACAGUUAUGUUGCUGAGCAGUCAGAAGUACUGUAUAUUUAAAUCUACUUUGCUGUCAUUAUGCCAUGUAUCAAACUUUAUUUAAGGAAUAAA